UUGGAGCUGCCGGAAGCCGCGGGCGACUCUCCCCGAGAGCAGCGUGACCGACUCGGGCUCCCGUGCAGUGGGGGAGGCGGAGGAGCGUCGGGCCUGCGGGAGGAGGGCGCAAGUGGCCGGAGCCGGCUGUGUAUCACCGAAGUCAGGACCUGGGCUCCACAGCAGAAUGGCGGACAUGGAGGGACUAAUUGAGAGACUGGAACGCGCGGUCAGCCGGCUGGAGCGGCUGUCUGCAGGCUCGCACGGGCCUCCUGGAGACUGUGGAGAAGUUAACGGUGUCAAUGGAGGUGUGGCGCCAUCCGUGGAAGCCUUUGAUAAGCUGAUGAACGGUAUGGUGGCUGAGUUCUUAAAGAACAGCAGAGGCCUUGCUGGUGAUGUAGAGACCCAUGCGGAAAUGGUGCACAGUGCCUUCCAGGCCCAGCGUGCUUUCCUUCUCAUGGCUUCUCAGCACCAACAACCCCAGGAGAAUGAGGUGGCUGUCCUUCUAAAACCCAUAUCAGAGAAGAUUCAAGAGAUACAGACCUUCCGAGAGAGAAACCGGGGGAGCAACAUGUUCAACCACCUCUCUGCUGUCAGCGAGAGCAUCCCCGCCCUGGGGUGGAUAGCUGUGUCCCCCAAACCUGGUCCUUAUGUCAAGGAGAUGAAUGAUGCUGCCACCUUUUACACUAACAGGGUCCUGAAGGACUACAAACACAGUGAUCUGCGCCAUGUGGAUUGGGUGAGGUCCUAUCUCAACAUCUGGAGCGAGCUGCAAGCCUACAUCAAGGAGCACCACACCACGGGCCUCACUUGGAGCAAAACAGGUCCUGUGGCAUCCACCGCAUCAGUGUUCUCUAUCCUCUCCUCUGGGCCCGGUCUCCCUCCCCCACCUCCCCCACCGCCUCCACCUGGGCCACCUCCACUUUUUGAGAAUGAGGGUAAAGAUGGGGAGUCCUCGCCUUCUCGCUCAGCUUUGUUUGCCCAGCUUAAUCAGGGAGAAGCCAUCACAAAAGGGCUCCGGCAUGUCACAGAUGACCAGAAGACGUACAAGAAUCCCAGCCUAAGGGCUCAAGGACAAAUUCAAUCUCCAACCAAAAACCACACUCCAAGUCCCACCGCUCCAAAAUCAAAUUCUCCUCAGAAGCAUGCUCCAGUGUUCGAGCUGGAAGGGAAGAAAUGGAGGGUGGAAUACCAAGAGGACAGGAAUGACCUUGUCAUCUCAGAGACUGAGCUGAAACAAGUGGCUUACAUUUUCAAGUGUGACAAAUCCACUCUUCAGAUAAAGGGAAAAAUAAAUUCCAUCACUGUCGAUAAUUGCAAGAAGUUUGGUCUGGUGUUUGAUAACGUGGUGGGCAUUGUGGAAGUGAUCAACUCCAAGGACGUUCAGAUCCAGGUAAUGGGGAGAGUGCCAACACUUUCCAUUAAUAAGACAGAAGGGUGCCACCUGUACCUCAGUGAAGACGCGCUAGAUUGUGAGAUCGUGAGUGCCAAGUCAUCCGAGAUGAAUGUCCUGAUCCCUCGGGGUGACGAUUAUAGAGAAUUUCCCAUUCCUGAGCAGUUCAAGACAAUAUGGGAUGGAUCCAAGCUGGUCACCGAACCUGCAGAAAUUAUGGCCUAACAUCCCAGAGAUGAUACCCUUCCCCGAGUCUCCUCUAGCAAAGAGAAGCAAGCAGUUAAUAGGAGCUAGAUUUCAGCACAGCCCCUGCCUCUGUGUCAGCAACCUGCAGUCCUAUGCUGUGGAAACUGUCUUUUCUGGCACGCUUUUGUGGGCAUUUUGAAAUAUUUAACAUUUGAUCAUGAUUUGUGUGUGAUUUUAGUUUCACAUGAUACCUAGUGAGCACAGCAGAAUUUAAAAAAAAGAA